UCUUGAUGCAAAACAUACCUAGGGAGUAUACAUGCAUAAUAUUUCUGAUACCUAGAGUGUUCACAUAAAAGCUAUCAUGGGUGAGUCAGCAAGUGCCAGAUGUGAACUAGCUUGAGAAAAAAGAUAGAGUUUUGUUUCUUCCUCUUCCCAUAUGGUUUCAUGAGUUUUCUUCAUUGCCAAACUCGCUCUGCUGAGCACUGACAAAUAAAGACCAGCACUGGCCACUUGUCAAAUUGUGAGCAGAUAAAGAUGUGUGAGUAAUGUCUUCGUUCUGCUGCUAGCUAAACUUUAUUUUCCUUCUGUCACCAUUUGGUAAGAUCGUAAGUUGGCACUUGACUCUCUAGAAAAAAAAUGUUUCAGAACUUUACACCAAAUAAUGAAGGGGAAGAGAAGAAUACUGGCCACUCCAUACAUGUCUUGAUCACAGAGGCCGUUCCUACUGUUCAUGAAGCCAAGAUAAAUGAGACCCAAGAUUUAUUCCGAGAAGCUGACAGUCUGAUAAUAUUGUUAUAUGUUACUCUACCCAUCCUCGCUUUGGGACUUUUCAGCAAUGGAGCUAUCUUCUGGUUUCUCUGUUGUAGAAUCAAAAAGACUAAAUACACAGUAUAUGUGCUAAAUUUAGCCAUUGCUGAUUUCACUGUCCUCUUCUGUCACAUCGCAUACUUUGUUAUUCAUCUAGUUACGUGGAAAGACAGUCUUUUGGACUCGAAUUUCUAUUUGGUAUUUAAUAUUUUGACUUUUUUGGGAUUCAAUACCAGUUUUUUCCUGUUGACAGCAAUUAGCGUGGAGAGGUAUGUGGGCACUUAUUUCCCUUUCUGCUAUCGUUUUAAUCGGCCAAAGCAUCUUUCCACCAUACUAUGUGCGGUCCUGUGGGGCCUCUCCUGCAUCAUGGUGGGACUAGACUAUAUAUGUUGGCAGGAAUACACGUCUUCCAGGUCUUCACAUCUGGCAAAUAUAUUCAUUGUCAUCGUUUUAAUGCUAUUUUUGCCAGUUAUGGUCUUUUGUAGCUUCAGCCUGUUUAUCAAAUUAUCUAGAUACCCACAGUCAAAAUCUCCAGCUCGGUUUUAUCGUACUGUUCUUAUCACAGUCAUUCUGUUUCUUAUCUUGGCUUUACCUUACAAGAUCCUAUGUCUGAUGCAAUACAUGCAGCCAACAAUGGAGUUAAACUGGACCAUCCUUCAUAGCUUUUUUUUGCUUAAUUUAAUCAACAGCGGCCUCAAUCCUUUUGUUUACUUUUUUGUUGGGAGACAGAAAAAACAGCAUUCUAAGGACACUUUGCAUGUAGUGAUCUAUAGAUCCUGCAAUGAUGAAACCUUGGAUCAUACAAGUAGCAUGAACACUCAUUCCCACUAAAAGCAGCUUUUGACAGUCCAUUUAGUGAAAAGUGAUUGAUUCAUUCAAAAGGCUGCUUACGAAGAAGUCGGUUCUCUAACAUGUUCCAGUAUGAUGAUUUGCCAGGGCAGAUUUCCUUAUCUGUAAUCACACCACCUCUCUACCUGCGGCCUGAUUUUUUUUUCAUUUUCUUACCUUUACGAGGAUAUAUAAUUUUACUUUGGUUUGAUUUUUAGGUAAUCAACAAUUAUUGUUUGCAACUGAUAAUAGAGAGCGUUUCUCAAUGACCUUGAUUUUUUUUUUUUUUGCAAAUUAACUUCAGAAGUCUCUUGGACCUUCAUGUACGCAGUUUUUUUCAAUAUGCAAUGGACACAUGGGCCAAAGCUCUAAUUGUGUCCAUGUGCAAACUUUUUUUUAUUAUGCCAUUUAUUUUGGCUUGUUUGUUUCUUGUAGAAUGUUACAUGUUAUGUCCCUGUUCUUUAUUUUAUUGCAAAGAAAAUGGAGCUGACAUUUUGAAAACAGCAAAAUAACAGUUUGCAAUAAGCUUUAAGCAGCUUCUCCUACUUUAGCUGUAAAAAAAAAAAAGACCCACAGAACUCUCUCUUCACUUCCAAUAUUGCUAAAAGUAAUGGCAUUUGUGACAUUAUAGUCAGAGGUAUUUGUGGAUACUGAUUUUCUUAAACGACAUUUUAUUUCUUAGGAAAGAAGAAAAUAAUACCUGAAUAUGUUUAGGAACAUCUGCAGAAGAUGAGGACAAGGUUAGGGAAUAAUGGAUUGCAUUUAAAGUGGGGAAUAAUUACAGAUGGAAUGGAUGGGGAUGUAAUACAUGCUCAAUGUGACUCAUGCUCAAAUAUAAUAUCCUGGGAUAUAUAUGCAAUGAUCAUCUUGACUUCCUAUCCUCUUGCUUCCUGCAACUUCCCCCAUGUAAUGGUAGAUAUACGUAAGCACAGGUAUAAUUUUUCUGCAUUGACAAUGCAUCUUUUUCUUUAAUAUGUACACCUGAACUCCAGAUAUAUAAAAAAGGUCUCCUUUCUACCCUAUGGGUUCAGCCAUGCCACUAUACCUCUUUAAUCCAACAUUAUCCUAUCAGAGCAUCAAGGCCCAUACAAUCUGAAAGCAAGCACCUUUCCCACUAGUCACUCUCCAGCCCUUGCAGUGGUGGGAUUCAGCCAGUUCGCACCACUUCAGCAGAAUCGGUAGCUAAUUUUUUAUUGCCCAGGCCCAGAAUGGACUUCUGGAAGCGGCAUCCACACAGAGAACCGGUUGUUCACAAAUCUGAAUCCCAACACUGAGCCCUUGCCACCA